AUGCUCUGGUUAAUAUAUGGUACAGCGGGUUGGAUUGGUGGACAAUGUCGUGAUUUACUUAAUGUUGCUGGUCAAAAAGUAGUAUCUGGUCGACGUGUAGCAUCAUUAAAAGAUGUCGAAGAAGAUAUUAUUACAUAUAAACCUGAUCGUGUUAUUUGUGCUAUUGGCCGAACACAUGGUGAAGGUAUUCCAAAUAUUGAUUAUUUAGAAAAACCAGGCAAACUUAAAGAUAAUAUGCGUGAUAAUCUAUUAGCACCAAUGUUUAUUGCACAAGCAACAAUGCAAUAUUCUAAAUUAGCUGCUCCUAUUCCAACACUUUAUAUUGGUACUGGUUGUAUUUAUGAAUAUGCGAAUUCAAAUGAUUUAACUCAUCCAUAUACAGAAAAUGAUCCACCAAAUUUUUAUGGUUCAUCUUAUUCAACUGUAAAAGGUGCAACUGAUUUAUUAAUUGAUGCUUAUCCACAUGUGAUCAACGCUCGUAUUCGAAUGCCAAUAUCGGAUGAAUCUAACCCAAGAGAUUUCAUUACUAAAAUUAUUGCUUAUAAAAAGAUUACAUCGUUACCAAAUAGUAUGACAGUUAUGUCAGACGUAUUACCAAUACUUUUGGCACUUACACAUGAUGGUAAAUUUGGUGGUCGAAUAAAUGCUUGCAAUAAAGGAUGGGCUGAUCAUGAUUGGAUCCUUAAAACUUAUCAAGAAAAAACAGGCGAAGUUUUAAAUUAUGAAUUAGAACCAGUUGAAGAACAAAGUGCACGAUUAGCUGCACGUCGUUCAAAUAAUGUUUUAUCGACAGAUAAACUUGACCAAUGGUUGAAAAUGUUAUCACCAGAUACACGUAAACUUUACUAUACACCACAUAUUUUACCAGAAUUAAAAAAAAGUAUUGAAACAAUAUGUAUACAUCGUGCUAAUAUAAAAGCAAGUAAUAAUCAAGAGUUAACUGAAACACGACGAUUACUUGUUACUGGUGGUUGCGGAUUUAUAGGAAGUAAUUUUAUUAAUUAUUGGCUUAAAACAUAUCCCGAUGAUACAGUUAUUAAUGUUGAUAAACUUGAUACAUGUUCAAAUAUACGAAAUGUUGAACAAGCUGAUUCACCGAAAUAUAAAUUGGUUGUUGCAAGUAUUAAUAAUAAAGAUUUAAUGUUACAUUUGAUGAAACAAUAUGAUAUUACACAUGUUGUUCAUUUUGCUGCACAAACACACGUUGAUACAUCGUUUGGUAAUAGUAUUCUUUUUACUGAAUCAAAUAUAUUUGGUACACAUUGUUUACUUGAAGCAAGUCGAAUUUAUAAUAAACUUCGAAAAUUUAUACAUAUUAGUACCGAUGAAGUGUAUGGAGAGUGGCCAGCAGGUAGUUGUCAUGAAACAGCUGUUCUAAAUCCAACAAAUCCUUAUGCAGCAACAAAAGCAGCAGCAGAAUUUCUUGUUAAAUCUUAUGGUGAAAGUUUUAAAUUACCAUAUGUUAUAACACGUGGUAAUAAUGUUUAUGGUCCAUAUCAAUUUCCUGAAAAAGUUAUUCCUCGUUUUAUUACAUCAAUAAUGAAUAAUGAAAAAAUGACUAUACAAGGUGACGGGAAACAAGUUCGAAAUUUUAUUUAUGUAACAGAUACAGUACGUGCUGUUGAUCUUGUUAUUCGUAAGGGUAAAAUAAAAAUGAUUUAUAAUAUUGGUUCAAAAGAUGAAAUUAAAGUUAUGGAAAUAGCUUCAAUACUUCUUAAAUUAAUGACUCCAGAAGCUAAACUUGAAGAUUCAAUUGUUUAUGUUAAAGAUCGUUAUUUUAAUGAUUGUCGAUAUUCUGUUAUGACUGAUGCACUUGAAAGUUUAGGUUGGAAACAAGAAGUUAAAUUUGAUGAGGGUAUUCGUAUGACUAUUACAUGGUAUCAAGAACAUCCUGAUCAUUGGCAGAACGAUGGACCUUAUAAUUCACAAUAA